GUCCCUUGUACCGACAGUUGGGCAAUACAGAUCGAUAAAGUGUCACGUAUAUGCUUUGGCACGCAAAAUUGACCCCUAAUUUUUCUCUUUUUAAUUAAAUCAAAAUAUUUGGAAAAACAGAAGACGCUUCUUCCUCAAACACGACGGCCAGCUUGAGUUGCCGUCGAAGAAUUUUCAUUUUGUCUUCCCCUUUCUCUCUCCUCCCCCCUUCCUCUCUCCCUCUCUCUCUUUGGCAAACAAGCAUUAUAAGAAUUUGAACAAUCUCCGCCCCACCCCUGCGGUUCGGUUUUCCUACGACUUUCCAGUUUUGUUGAUUCAUCAUUGUUGUCGCUCCUUCUCUUUUGAUUAGGUACAUCCAAGCACCAACCACCCGGGCUUUAGUUUCUGUUCUCCCACACAACUCUCGGCAGUGCAGCUUUGAGGAACACUAGAAGCUGCAAAGGAACAUUUUUGUGCCUUCAACAUUUGAACUUGGUGUUGCGACAUUGUGAUGAAUGUGGCUGAAUAGCGUCCCCGUUUCCUACUUUAUUUGAACUGUCUUCAACACUGCACUUAUCGAUGGGGGAGUGGGUUGUUGGAGCGUUCAUCAACCUUUUCGGCAGCAUUGCAAUCAACUUUGGAACUAACCUCCUUAAAUUGGGUCAUGAUGAGAGAGAGAAACAUUCUAUAGUUGGCAAUGAUGGGACAAGUGGAAAAGCUUUCACAAAGCCUAUUAUAUACUUCCAGACGUGGAGAAUUGGGAUUAUCUUUUUUAUUCUCGGAAAUUCUCUUAAUUUCAUUUCCUUUGGCUAUGCCGCUCAGUCCCUUCUUGCAGCUCUAGGAUCUGUCCAAUUUGUCUCGAACAUCGCAUUUGCCUUUUUUGUGCUAAAUAAAACUGUGGCUGUCAAAGUGCUCGUAGCCACAGCCUUCAUUGUACUCGGAAACAUCUUCCUUGUGGCUUUUGGAAACCACCAAUCACCAGUUUAUACGCCUGAGCAGUUGGCAGAGAAGUAUGGCAAUACCACUUUCCUGAUAUAUUGUCUGAUUCUGGUUAUAGUUGUUCUCUUGAGUCACUCAAUGUACAGGAGAGGAGAACUGAUGUUUGCUAUGCCAGGGAAUGAAAUCAAACCCUACUGGCAAAUGCUUCUUCCACUUUCUUAUGCUCUUGUUUCAGGUGCUAUUGGAUCAUGUUCGGUACUGUUUGCUAAGUCUCUAUCAAAUCUUCUAAGGUUGUCCAUGUCAAAUGGGUAUCAGUUGCAUAGUUGGUUCACAUACUCCAUGCUACUAUUGUUUUUUAGUACAGCUGGAUUUUGGAUGGCAAGACUAAAUGAAGGGUUGUCUCUGUUCGAUGCAAUACUCAUUGUCCCCAUGUUUCAGAUUGUUUGGACAUUUUUUUCCAUUUGUACAGGAUUUGUAUACUUUCAAGAAUAUCAGGUAUUUGAUUCAUUGCGGACAACGAUGUUCAUACUAGGGAUGGUUUCUGUGUUCAUAGGCAUUUCUUUGCUGGCACCUGAUGAAGUAAAAGGCGGGGAUAUCAAAGAUACACCUCUGGUCUCUGUAAGUGCAGCUCAUCCAAAUGACGCAGACAGAUUUGUUGCGCCCUUUGAGGACUCUCCUAUCAAAGAUUUGAGAUCACUUGUGCGGAUGAUGCGAAUGAAACUAGCCAGCUUGCUUACCAAGACCAAGGGUGCUUGCUCACUACCAUUUGGUUUGGGAGAUGAAUCGAUUAACGCGUCAUCAGUUCUUGUGAUGCCCAUGGUUUCAUCUAAAAUAACUGGCUUCAGAGGCCAUGUACUGGAUAGGAACAAAUUCUUCUCUUUUAGACAUCCAGGUUGGAGUAGGAUUAAUGAGGAUGAUGACGAUGAUGAUCAUUUAUUGCAGUCAUCAACUCUACUUCCUCAGAGUAUAAAGUAGGACUAACACACAAACACAUAAUAUUCAUCCCAGAUUGAUAUCUCUAUGUACCAUAUUCUGUUCUUUAUAAUUAUUUUGUAUAAAUCCUCAAUUGAUACCUUA